UCUUCUCCUCCUCAUCUGCUUCUGCUGCAAUGGCGUCCUCCUCCUCCUCCUUGCCGUCGCCCUCGUCCUCGUCCUCGAAGAAGUUCAUUCUGAGGAGCUCCGAUGGAAAGCAUUUCGAGGUCGACGAGGCCGUCGCCCUUCAGUCUGAGAUGAUCAAGCAAAUGGUUGAAGAUGGCUUUGGUGGCGAUGUGAUUCCGUUGCUCAACGUCAGCAGCAUUGUCUUAUCCAAGGUGAUUGAUUAUUGCAAGAAACACGUCGAGUUGGAUUUCAAGAAGAAGAUGGACGGUGAUAACGAGGCUCACGAAGAAAUCAAGAACUGGGACUCAGAGUACAUCAACGUCGGUGUCGAUGAACUUUACCAUCUUAUAAUGGCUGCCAACUACCUUCAUAUCAAAGGGUUGCUGGAUUUGACUUGCCAGAAGGUCGCUGAUAUCAUUAAAGGGAAGCAGCCGGAGCAGAUUCGGAAGAUUUUUAAUAUCGAGAAUGACUUUACGCCUGAAGAAGAACAGGAGAUCCGGAAAGAACACAGUUGGGCUUUUGAGUGAAUCUCCAAUCGAGUAGAGCUUAAAUGCUUACAAUAGUUAUAGAAGUAGGAAGAAAGAAGAAGAAACAGAACCCCACUGAAAGAGAAGCAAAUAGAUACUCUUCUAUGAAUCAAAAUUUUGAAAGAGAUAGUAGUAGCAAACAGUAGGGAUUGGCUUUAAUUUUUUUUUCUCGCUUAUU